GGGAUUUUCUCUGUGCCACCUCGUGCAACGUUGACUGUGCUUGCUACAUAGUAGGGAGACCUUAGCUGGUAUACCUGCUUCAGCUGAAUAGUCCGAACGAGAGGGCAAACUAUUCGUGGUUCAAAGCGUGGUGUUAGAAAAGCAUACAACCAAGUGUGAUAUCUUCAAGAAACAUUGCGACGAGCAUUUUUCCAUACAACACACAAAGCAGCUGUCGAGACCCUCGAUGAGGGAAAAAAAAGAGGAAGACUGACAUUUCAGCAUAUGGGAUACCGAGUGAGUGUGAAAAAGAUAGGCAAAGACAUUCAAUCAAGCAAAAUGCUUCGUCUGCACAUCGUUUCAGUACGAUAGUGGUUUGUGAACAGGCAACUCCUAGCUUUUGUGUUCCAAUUUUUUCUUGUGUGUGCUUCAACAUUGUCGGCUAGCAUGACGCCACCACUAAAUGUGGAUAAAUUCAUUGAGGACAUCAAGAAUCGUCCUUCACUGUGGCAUAAAGACUAUCCCGUAAGGCUAAAGGAGCUACAAGAUGAAUGGACAGAAAUUUCAAUCUGUCAUGGGAUUCCACAACGCUUACUACGACAAAAAUGGAAGUCUCUCCGGGAGACGUUCCGUAUGGAAUUGAGGAAAAUUCCAAAAACUAAUGACAAUAACUUUGCCAUUUCGCCGUAUGACUUCCAAUCUCAGUGGAUACACUUCAAGCAAAUGAUUUUUCUGGCUGGUAACAUGAGGACACGCGAAACUCUAGAAGAAGCGGCUUCCAAGGCCAAUAUGAAGUUAAAAAAUCUAAAUGGUGACGAUAGCUACCCUUUGGAGUAUGUUUCGCCCCUCGUGGAUUCCAAGGAACUCCUCAGGCAGCAACUUCAGCAGGAAGGUGAAUCAGCUCCUUCAACAAUGCAAAAGCCUCCACCAAAGAAGAAGGCACGCUAUUCGGCACCAUCUAGAGUGUCAACGAGGCCUAAAGUAAAGCCAAAGUCUCCAACUCCGAAGCCAUUGAAAACUGAGAAUUCAGUGCCAUCACCACGUACCGAUGAGGAUGUAGGGAACGUUGGGAAUAAGUUCCUAAAUACCCAGGAUGAUGAUUACUAUUUUCUAAUGAGCCUCCAUCCGUACAUGUCUAAAUUGGGACAAGUUCAGAAGCUUCAGACUCGAAUGGACAUUCAGAAUAUUAUCUUUAAGAGGCUCUACAGUGAGGAGGAUUUUUAAUUAAUAUCCAGUAAGCCGUUCUACUUGGGAUAAGGAAGCAUUUAACUUAUGAGAAUGCAAGAACUUAAAAAAAAAAAAACAGAAAACUGACGGUUUACGAACACUUCUUAUUCUUUGACUUCAUUUAAUUUCAUUUAUUCUUAAAAAUUAAUUUUCAUCGAUUCUUUAACACUAAAUUUUUCUCUCAAUAUUUUCUUAAAAAAGAAAUCUCGUGAAACCUUUUUAAGCAUAAUUCAAAGGUUUAGUAGAUGUAACAAGAAUACAAAGAAGCUUGGAAGAAGGAGAGAAAAUUGAGAAAUUUGCCUUGGUAUUGAGUACAAAAGAGUUCAAAGUUGAAGACUGAAAAGAAGAAGAAAAAAAAAUGUAGGCAAUAUUAUUGUAAAAAUUUUGAUGAGCAGCAUCAAUAAGCGCUUCAAUUUAGGGAAUAAACUUAACAAAAACAUUUUCUACUUAAAACCUCCAUUGAUAUCUCAUUAUAUUCUAAAGAGAAUGUAUAUGGAGAGAAAGACCUCUGACUUCAAUCACAUUACAAUUAAACUAUGUGCAGCUAAAUAUAUAACUUUUGUGAAUUGGUUUUCAAGAUAGUUUCUUCAACACAUUGUCAAUGUGCUUCAGGAAUAUAACAUAGCUAUGCUACACACAAUGUUCUUUCAUUUCGUUUUUUUUUUUUGAGAAAUAAAACGUUAAAUGAUUAAAAA